CGUUGCGGCUCGAGGCGGCCAGCGGGGCCAGCGGCCGCAGAGGAGGAGGAGAAAGAGGAGGCAGGAGACCGGGCUGGCUGGGAGAUCCGGCGGCCCGGCCUGCCGCCGGCUUUAGGCCCGCGCGCCGAUGCUGGCUGCUGACGACGCGGCAGGUGGCGAGGCAGCCACGGCGCACGCCAGUGCCGCCCUGGCGCGCGAUGCCGAGGCGCUGGAGCGCGAGGCGAUGGAGCAGGAACGCCGGCGCGCGGUGGACGAGUCCCUGAAGCUGGUGGAGGAGCACCUGCAGGAGUACCUGCAGCGGAACCCCAGCGGUACGUACACCGGCUGGAUCGCCGACCUGCACCCCGAGAACGUGAACGUGGACCCGCGGCUCCUUCACGACAGCAACCCUUGGCUGACCGUCUGGGAGAAGACCGGUACCAGGCGCGCGCUGCGUGGUCGCGCAGUGGGCCCUGGGCUGCUAGGCCUGGAGCUGGAGCGCCCCCCCAGCGGCUGGGGCGGACUGAUUGACAUCACGCUGGGGAUAGUCUUCGCGAUCGUCACCGUUGCCGCCGCCAUCGUGUUCGAGGUGGCCCGGGGGCUCCUGCUGGGCCUCGCCCGCGUCUGCGAGCUCGGGGCGCGGCUGAGCGACUGCGUCCCGUGGACCUGCUCGUCUCUCAGCACCAAGGAGGAGAGAAUGGCGUUGGCAGGCUUGAUCUUGCCGAUCAGCAUCCUGCUGCUGCUCCACCUCAUCAUCUGGGUCGUUGCCGUGAUCGUCCUGGUGGUCGGGGCCGCCGCACUGGAGCUCCUGGCCGUGGUCUUCGCCCUCGCCUGCGGCCUGCUGGCGCUCUCGCCGACGCAGGCGCUGUGGACGCACAGCGUCUGCCGGGACGUGGGCAUGGCGACGCAAGCGGCCAUCCGGAGCUCCCUGGUCCGGGCCCAGGUGCUGCGCUGGGACCAGGAGGCGCGCACUCGGCUGGCCGGCGGCCGCUCCCGGCACAGCCGGCGGCUCGUACUGGCGGUGGCGCUGUGCGAUGGCCGCCCGCGCUGCCCGACCGUGCAGACGGGCGCGGUGGCGCGGUGGCGACGGCGUGCCGAGCGAGGCAGCGACGCCGCCGCGGCUGCGCCGAGCGAUGCCGGCGCGGCUGUGGCAGGCCCCCUGCAGGAGGCAGCCAGGCUGUCGGAGCAGAGCGGCGCAGGCGGGUCCGGCGAGGCCUCCGAGGAGGCCGCCGCCUGAGCGCGCGCGUGGACCGCUCGACCGCCUUCCGGGCGAAGCCACGCGGCACCGAGCGCCAGCCACGAGCCCUCCGACCUGGCCCGCUCAGCAGGACCAACACGAGGCAUGCGCAACCGGGCCAGCCGUCGUGCGCACGUCGCCCGACCGCGCCGCAACACUCUUUAGUAAGGCCGCGCGCCCGAGGCGGCCACACAGCGAGCCCCCUCUGCGGCGCGGGCCAUCUGCCACAGCGGCCAGAGCGGUGCCUCGCCGCGCCGCCGCCGCCGCCGCCGAGCCGCUGCGGGCCUGGCCUCUCCCCGCCCCAGCUGGUCGCGCGCCGCCCUCGGCUACUCGUAAGAGUGACCCUGUGACCCUUCGCAGGGGUGGCUGGUGACAUC